GAAAGUUACAAACUUUGAAGAGAUGUCUUUUGAAAUAACUGUGAGUGUUGGGGGAAGUGAGGAGGUGAGGGCGUUAGAAUAUGGGGAUGUGAGUAUGACCACUGAGUCGUCUGACUCGGAGAGGACGGAGGAAGGGGUGGGAAGAGGUGAGGUAGUUGGGGUAAAGGGAGAUAGGGUACCCAUUACUAUAGUAGAAGUGGAGGGUAGGAGGGAAAAAGGUUAUGAUGUAGAUGCAGAUAUUGUAGCUGAGAUGAAUUUAAACGAGGAUGAGGAGGAAGAGGUGGGGAAGUUGGUGAGGGAAAGGGGUAAGUUAGCAAAUAUAAUGUACCUCACCAGUGCAGAAUGUAUAGAGGCUGCUGAGCUCUAUGGACUAAGCGCUUUAAGUGAAGGAGUGGCCAUUCCCAAGAAGCUGAGGAAGAAGUCAAAGACUUCAACCAAGGAAGCUGGGCAGGGAGGAGCUGGGAAGGAGUUAGUGCCCAGCACUUCAGCUGGAGUGGAAGUGGUGAUGCCAAGGUUGGAGCUGAAAAGGAAGGGCAGUGAAGAGGUGGGAGCACUGCAAAGGAAAAAGAAGGUGGUGGAGGAGGAGGUGAGGGGGAGCAAGGCUCUCCAGUUCGUACCUCGACCUCCUCCUAUUGAGCUCGAACCUGAUCUCAGGGAGUCUGAGGCUGAAAGGGCUGAGGUACGGGCUCCCGGUAAAGGGAAGGGCCUCAUUCCCCUAUUAUCCUUUCAGAGCAGUCUGUUUGAGGCGAAGAACACGACGGGGGUAAGGAGGUUUAUCAAUGCAACCUUCCCUAAAGUGGACAAGCAUCAAGCAAGGGACGAAGCUCUGAGAUAUUGUGGGGCAAUUGUGGUGAAGCAUGCCCUGGAGUGCGUGCUGGGUGAAUGGUCAAGCCUAGGAAUUCAUGGAGAGUGUGAAGAAGCGAUCCCUCUUGCAAAGGCAGUGUGGCCAGCUGCAGAAGGAGAAAGAAGAGUUGGAAAAGAAAGACAAAGACAUGUGAGAGGCGCUGGACAAGGUGGUACCAACAGUGAUGCAGCUCGAGCUCAAGAGAAGGAGAUAAGGAUGAUGAAAGAGGCUGUGAUGGAGCUAAAGAAGAAUGUGCAACUGCUGGUGCACAACGGGAUGGAGGAACACAUAAGCAACUUCGUCAGCUCUAGCUUGUUUGACAACAUCGUUAACUUCUACCGGCUACCAACUGCUAUUCUCGCCUUCACUGACUGCAGAAAGAAGGAAGGAGUGGAGGAGAACGGUGAGAGCAUGUCAGCAGACUUUCAUCCUCAGAUUAAACUGAGGUGGGAUUGUGAUGCAGACAGACGCACUGUCUUCCCUCCAAGUUUUGACUUCGAGUUCGUGGCAAUGGAGGAAGAAGAGGCAGAGGUAGAGGAAACUCAAGUGGGAGUAGGAGUGGAAGGAGCUGAAGUGGAUGAGAGUCAGCCACCUUUGCAAGUGGAGGUCCAUCCAGUUCCUUUUGAUGAUGAGCAACCACCUCUUCUAGCCAAGCAGUAGCCAUCUCAGCCACCUCCUCCAGCGAAAGAAUGAAGAAUUUUUGUUUUUGAUAUUUUUGAUAAUUUGAACAAUGUGAUAAUUUGUAACUUUGAUUCUUUGAUUGUAAUAAUAAUUUUUGUUUUUGAAAUCAUGUGUAAUGUUUGCAUUAAGUUUUGGUUGUUUUAUAUCAAUAUAAGAACUAAGAUAAG